CUCUUUCGGUUGCUAAGAGACGCCUAGCUAAGCUAAGUAACAGGACUAAACUUGAUUACGAGAAUGUUUUAGCAAAAAUAAAACGACCAGAGGUACAUUUUGGGGUUCGUGCUGUCGCAUUCUGUAAUUUUAUGAAGCGCAUUAUACCAUGGUGAAGCUGAGAGCGAGGUGCAUUGUAGUCGGAGACUCUGCCGUGGGGAAAAGCGCCGUGUGUCAGAUGUUCCGCGGCGACGGGGCCCAUUUGCAGAGGAACUACAGCAUGACAGUGGGAGUGGAGCUUUUGGUGAAAUCUGUGAAUAUCCCAAACAGCAGCGACAGUGUGGAGCUGUUCAUUUUCGACUCUGCUGGGAAGGAGACCUUCGCAGAACCAUGUGAGAAGCUGUGGGGGCAGCUGUCAGUGCUGUGCCUAGUGUUUGAUCUGACCAGCGAGGCGUCGUUCAGGAAUUGCGGUCGCUGGUUGGAGCGGGUGAGGACACACAGCCAGGGCCUGCAAGUCCCAGGGGUGCUCGUGGGCAACAAGUCGGACCUCUCGUCGCGGCGGGAGGUGGAGAAGGCCGUGGCCCAGAACUGGGCCCAAAGCCAGGGCCUAGAGUACCACGAGACCUCGGCUAAGGAGACUGAGAACUGCGAGGCCCCCUUUGUCAGCUUGGCCCAAGCCUUCUACAGCAUGUACCAGGACCGGAUUCAGGUGAUCCACAGCCUGGCCUAGAUCUCCAGACCCCGCACACUCUCCAGAUCCAAAAGUGACAUAAAACCGGACUGGAAUCUUCUGCCAUGGCUUUCAGGAGCGUUGAAGAGCAGAGACUUCAGUGUCGUUCUGUUAAUGAAAUUCCGUAUAUUUAUAAUUCUGUAAUUCAGUUUCAGCUAUUACAUCUCUGAAUUUGUUGUUAUAAAAAGUUGUUUUUGUUACCAGUGGUGGCGUUUGUGAUCAGCCUGUAACAGCACUUGCCAUGAAAGCCUCUGAUGCACCGUAGACUUCAUCUGCUAAUGAAUGUUUUUUUUCUCAGUGGUGGGUAAAGGGAUGUGGGUUGGAGCGAAACUCGGAGCUCAGUUCUUAGGCGGUACCUUGCUGUUGGAUACCAUCGUCACUUAACUUUGUUCAGCAAGGCAACAGUCGUAGAAAGAGCUUAAAAGCAUGUGACCGUGAGGACGGCCUGGUUCUGAUAAAUGACAGGCGCAGAAACACCGUCUACAAAUGGCAAAGGAGAAAAAAUUAAUUUCCUCUGUGUAAGAAGGUUUUCCCGUUUCACUGGUUCUGUAGCAGGUCCAGUCUCGUUUAAACUUUGACCCGUUGACCUGACAGGGGGCAUUUAGCUGUAUUUGUGAUGUAUGCUAUGAUAUAAUGGAUUUUAAACAGUACGUUAUAUCAUAUGCCCCAGUGCAUUGUGGGAAAACCUGUUGGCUGGUCAGAAGAAAAAAAAAAAACUGUGAACGUCUGUGUCCUCCUGGGAUGGUGAGAUGUUCCCAAUGUGUGUCACGUGAAAUUCCAGCACAGCACUUUAUAUCCUUGGAUAUUUUCAGAAGUUCUGCCUUCGGCCAAUAAUGAAAAUAAAGUUAUUCUCAAAUUUUAA